AUGAGCAUAGUAGACUUUUGGGCCACUGUUUUCAGACUCCCGAGCAAGUGUCUAAAAGAUAUUGAGCAGAUUUGUUUGGCGUUUCUCUGGACUGGUCUGGAGUUAAAGGCCACGGGUGCAAAGGUGGCAUGGAAAGAUAUCUUUAAGCCUCAUAGUGAAGGAGGAUUAGCAGUUAGAGCGCUAAAGGAGUCACUUUGGGGCAAAUGGAUAAAAGCUAACAUGCUUAAGAAGAAAAGCUUCUGGGAGAUCAGUGUGAAAACUCAACUAGGUUCAUGGAUGUGGAAAAAGAUGUUGAAGCUUCGAGAUGUUGCGAAAACAUUUCAUAUCAAGGCUAUGGGGAAUGGGCGUCACACCUCCUUUUGGUUUGAUAGGUGGUCUGAAUUGGGUGCACUGUCGGAUCAAUUAGGAGGAGGUAUAAUAGACAUGUGUAUAAGGAGAGAUGCUACGGUGGAGGACGCAAUUCUUAACCCGUGA